CCCGAAAUGCAGUUGUCAUUUAAACAAAGGACUUCUCAAUCUGUUUUAUAUUAAAACAAUGUCUUGUGUAAGCAGCCUGUUCAACUGGAACACAUUAUAGAAACUUACUCUAAAUUGCUGCUUUUUAAAAGUACAUGAGCACCAAGUUCUUUACACUGCAUUGUUCACCAGCCCACAUAGCAUGUGACCACCCCCGCCGCUUGCCACCAUGGUACGUCCCGAGAAGAGCAGUCGCCUCCCCUCCUGAAGUCAGAUUUGUCUCCUGUCUAAGGAAAUGCACUGUACCUAAAAGGUGUACCGUAAAGUUGUUUGGGGGCUGUAUGUCCCAUAGAUACAGAUGAAGACGUAGACGGGUGUUGAUUUGAAGGAGGGUGGUGACACACGUUUUUUAGGCUGACAAGCCAUCACAGGAAUACUUGUGAAUCGCUUGUGAACACUUCUACUUCCAAUGUCUCACUGUUUGGGGCCAUGGCCUUUCAGUCAGGCAACAUGAACCGUGAGGACCGGAAUGUGCUCCGAAUGAAAGAAAGAGAAAGGAGAAAUCAAGAAAUCCAGCAGGGAGGAGGCGAGGCCUUUCCAGCAAAUUCCCCUCUUUUCCCAGAGCCUUACAAAGUGUCCAGCAAAGAAGAUAAACUGUCCAGCCGUAUUCAGAGCAUGCUGGGCAAUUACGACGAGAUGAAAGAACCAAUUGGUGACACCCUUCCGAAGCUCAGCACCAAACCAACGAACAGCUCAUCUUCCUCGGAGGAGAAAUCAGGCCCGACUUUGUUUGCCGGCGACCAGCGAGGAAGCGGCAGCAGCCAGAGCAGCAAGUGGACUCCUGUCGGCCCCGCAUCAGGAGCCUCCUCAUCCCAGUCUCAGAAACGCUCCGGACUCCAGGGGGGCCACAGUAGCCAGAGGGGCAACGGCGGUAGCAGCGGCAGCGGCAGCAGCAGUAGCCAAAGACACGGCGGAGAGGUGCGGGAAAAGAAGUCGAGUAAACACGGCGGAGGGUCCGAUCACUCAAAGUCGCACACAUCGAGUCCGGCGAAGGGCUCGCUGAGCUCCUCCGGCGUCAACAGCCACUCGCGGAGCUCGUUGGCCGCCGAGCAGCACCACAGCAAGGAACGCUACAGGUCCAAGUCCCCCCGGGACCGAGAGGCCAACUGGGACUCGCCCUCGCGGCUUCACACCGCCUUCCCCAGCGGACAGCACUCAAAUCAGGCCUUCCCCCCGUCGCUCAUGUCCAAACCGGGCUCCAUGCUUCAGAAGCCCACGGCCUAUGUGAGGCCUAUGGACGGCCAGGAGACAGCGGAAGCCAAGAGCUCACAAGCGGAGAGCUACAGCGGACAGUCGCACAGCAACAACAUGGGGGAGAUGAAGUCUAAUGGCAAGGCAUCGCUGACCAAACUUAAGAUCCCCUCGCAGCCUGUAGAGGGAUCCGGGGAUGCCAACUGCGUGGAUGAGAUUCUGAAGGAAAUGACUCAGUCCUGGCCCCCUCCAUUGACAGCCAUCCACACCCCCUGCAAGACGGAGCCCUCCAAGUUUCCGUUCCCCACCAAGGAUUCUCACUCCUUUGCAAAGCGAGGCGGUUCUUCCAAGAGCUCAAGCAGCCACCAGUCCAAAGCUUGUGAUGACCAGCCAACUAUGCUGGAAGAUGACUUGAAGCUCAGCAGCAGUGAAGACAGUGAUGGAGAGCAGGACUCUGCCAAGAACAUCUCGAGAAACAAAUCAGAAAGCAAUAACAGCGAAGGACCUGAGCAGUCCAGAGAUGAUUCCAGUAGUCACAGCGGCUCAGAGAGUAGCUCGGGUUCGGACAGUGAGAGCGAGAGCAGCACAACGGACAGUGAGGCCAAUGAACCGCCAAGGCCUGCUUCUCCUGAGCCUGAACAACCAAUGGCCAACAAGUGGCAGCUGGACAACUGGUUCAAGAAGGCUAAGCAGUUCUCUCCAGCGUCACCAUUGGACAACAACAACGUCCAAACCAAGAGCAAAAAAGAGAGCAGGGAUAACAGCUCAGGUCGAGGCUAUGGAAGUCAGGGCGGGGGAUCGAAGGAUUCCUCAACACCGGCACCAAGCAGAGAUCUUCGGGCAGCUCAAAAAGGUGGCGAGAGUACCCGCGGUCGGCAGAAAUCUCCUGCUCAGAGUGAAAGCAGCACCGGUAACCGGAGGCCCGUUGGGAAGAAACAACCUAAAAAGUCCGAAAAACCCCCAGUGGUGGAGGAGCCUAAAGGAGGCCUCAGGGUGGAAAGCGAACCAGCUCCCGAGAUCCCGCCGCACCGGCCCAAAGCCGCCACCAAGGGUUCCAGAAAACCGAGCAUCAAAAAGGAACCGAAAUCCUCUCCGCGGCCUACCACAGCCGCCACCGCUGCCGCUGCUGCCACCGUGGACAAGCGCAAGUCCAAAACCGGCUCCAAGUCGUCUCGUGAGAAGUCUCGAGAGUUUGUCACAAACUCGUCGUCGUCGGACUCGGAAGGAAACGACAGCAUCCCGUCUUCAUCGCAGACGCCAAAAUACACUGAGAGCAUCAGGACGCCUGUGUGCGUGUUCUCCCCAAUGGAGGAGAAGGAGCUCCUGUCUCCUUUAAGUGACCCGGAGGAGCGCUACAUCAUGAGGCAGCCUCCGCAGCAGGUUUUAAUAGUCAAGAUAGAUCUCAGCUUGUUAUCCAGGAUCCCCGGUCGGCCAUACAAGGAACCCGCUGAGAUAAAAGUGGAGCGGGACGACUCCCAAGACAGAGACGGCAAGGACUUCAGCAAGCAGAGCUCUGAAAAGAGCUCAAGCAAAGCCAAGAGGAAGCACAAGAAUGAUGAAGAAGGCACCAAACCAGACAGCAAGCGAAGCAAGUUGGAGGAGAAGUCUCAAUCGCACCAUAAAAGCAGCAGUAAAGAAUCCAAGAGGUCUUUGGAGAAGAAAGAGGAGCCGGUCCCCUCUCCGUCUAUGGCGGGUCUCCAGCGCACGCCCAAAGCGGAGCAUCCGAGUCGGAAGAGGACCGCCAGCCAAUCGUCCACGUCGCUCUCCAGCGGGGCGGGGAGCGGCAAGGAAGGCGGCGGCCACAGCACCAAGAGCACCUCCACAUCCAAGCACAGAAAAGGCGAGGACAAGGGACGCAGCAAUCGGGACGGCAAGGAGAAAUCCUCAAAGGGUUGCGAUAACCAGCUGGCCGUGCCGCCGCUUUCCACCGACGGCUCCAAAUCUCACAGAUCCAAGCUGCCUUUUGAGGAUAGGGCUCAUUCAGCAGAUCACUACUUGCAAGAAGCCAAGAAACUUAAACACAACGCGGACGCACUGCUGGACCGUUUUGAGAAGGCCAUCUACUACCUGGAUGCGGUGGUGUCAUUCAUUGAAUGCGGCAACGCCCUUGAGAAGAGCGCCCAGGAGGCCAAGUCUCCCUUUCCCAUGUACGCCGAAACGGUGGAGCUUAUCAAGUACACAAUGAAGUUAAAGAGCUACAUGGCCCCAGAUGCGACACCAGCAGAUAAGCGUGUAGCAGUUCUUUGCCUCAGAUGCCAGUCUCUACUCCAUCUACGGUUGUUCAAGCUGAGGAAAGACAGCGCUCUGAAAUACUCCAAAACACUUACAGAACAGUUAAAGAACUCUCUGAGUAACACCCAGGCUCCCUCUCCUGGCAUGGGAAACAAAGCAGCGGGAAUGCCCUCGCCGGUGUCCCCUAAACUAUCACCGGGCACGGCCGGGGGCUACUCAUCAGUGAGCAGCAGCAGCAGCGCCAGCUCAUCCGUGACCAUACCUCAACGUAUCCACCAGAUGGCCGCCAGCUACGUGCAGGUCACCUCCAACUUCCUCUAUGCCACCGAGGUGUGGGACCAGGCGGAGCAGCUGUCAAAGGAGCAGAAAGACUUUUUCCAGGAGCUGGACAAAGUGAUGGGUCCUCUCAUCUUCAACACCAGCAGCAUGACAGACCUGGUGCGUUACACCCGCCAGGGCCUCCAUUGGCUGCGUCUGGACGCCAAGCUUGUUCCCUAGCGAGGGCUUUUUUUAAUUUUUAUUUUAUUUUUUAAAAAUCCUCCUACACACACAAACACACCUCAGCGACACGGCCCACCUCUGGUCUUCUUCUUAUAUGCGGGGACACACACACACGCGCGUGUUGAUGAACCUCUUACACAUAUCUGCAAAGUGUGUGUCCUUUUUUUUUUAUCUACACCAGCUUGCCAGAAACUGAGCAAAUUGGAACAUCUCAAAACCGCCGACUGCACCACCCGGGGGAGAAGCUCACCAUUUUUUUUCCCACAUAUCCACAUCUUCAUAGAUUUGUCCUUGAAAGCUCUAGAAGAUUUAUUUAUUAUUUAUUCCCUGGGCUUCAGUUAACAGGCUACUUUAUGUUCCCCCCCCUCCCACACCCACCCAUGAAACACCAAAGGUGCUUUAGAAUUUUUUAAAUGAAGGUUUCUCCUUAUGGUUUUUGUGCCUUCUAUGUGAGAUACAGGAAAACAAAGCAGUCCCUCCGCAGACGAUAUCUUUACAUGUCAUGGUCGACCUGUUUUUUAAAACACACCGUCUGGCGCUGAGCUUCCGCACAUCAACUUUCAAGUCACCCGAAAAUGAGUUUAAGGGCUACUGUGCACUUGAUUUUUUUUUUUUUUUUUUUUUUAGCAUUAAAUAUCACGUUUUUAAACAAAUUCCAUGAAACCACAUAAAUGAUCACUUGUAAUGGAGCAGAGUGGCCUCUAGGGGUCACCAUUGAGGCCUUUUUUUUUUUUUUGCCUCUUAAUAAGAUUUAUUGCCUGUUUGAGGCACAGGAAGUUGGCGGUUCUUCCCUUAAAAAUGUUUAAAAAAAAAAAAAGUCACUUCCGUAACAGUGUUGGCUUGUUUUUUUUAACCUCUUGUUUCCCCAGAGUGUAUUUUUAUAAGUCACAGCAGGGAGUGUUUUAAGCGACGUAAGGUGGUAUCCACAAAUACAAUACCCUUAUUUACAAAAAGGGGUGUACAAAAGCGAGACCCCCCCCCCCCCCCUGGUAGAAAAAAAACAAUUUGAACGUGCUGUAAGUCACCUCUUUUAUCAGCAGUAUUGCAUUCAUAGAAUAAAGUAAGAGUAUAUAUAUAUUUCAAAUAAUAGAUCAAAUCAAAAUAGAUUUAUUUAUCUAUACUAGGCACCAAGUUUAAAACCGUUUGCCAGGUUUUUUUAAUAUAAAACGGGGAAUUGUUUCUAUUUAAAACAAUGCAAAUCAUAAUUGUGCUCGUUAAGACAAGAGUAGAAAUAAAAGGAAGGUGAACAGAGAUUAAUUGUGUUCCGUUUUAAUUUAAUCACACUCAUUAAUACUAUAUGGCUACAACCAGCAGAGGCACUGAAUGGUAGCAUUGUUCCGCUCAAUACGCAUUCUGGCAUGGAAACAGGAGUUUAGAACAUUCACAAAGAGCAUAUUUUUUUAAAAUAAUGUCGCAAUUAGUGAUGAGUUACAUGGAAUUACACUAUAAUCAAACCAAUGUAAUGUUUUUUUUUUUUUAUUUAAUUGUCGAGUGGUUAGCGCGCAGACCUCAGAGCUAGGAGACCAGGGUUCAAUUCCACCCUCGGCCAUCUCUGUGUGGAGUUUGCAUGUUCUCCCCGUGCAUGUGUGGGUUUUCUCCGGGGACUCCGGUUUCCUCCCACAUUCCAAAAACAUGCUAGGUUAAUUGGCGACUCCAAAUUGUCCAUAGGUAUGAAUGUGAGUGUGAAUGGUUGUUUGUCUAUAUGUGCCCUGUGAUUGGCUGGCCACCAGUACCGGGUGUACACCGCCUCUCGCCCAAAUCCCGACAGCUGGGAUAGGCUCCCUCAACCUUCGUGAGGAUAAGCGGUAGAAAAUGAAUGAAUAAAUUAAUGAAUAUUGCCAAAAAAUUACUUAAAAUAUUAAUUUAGAUGUAUUUUGAUUUCUAUUAGUUUACAUAUUUUUAUUACAUUUUUUUAAAUAUGAAAAAUAAUUUUAUUACUGGGCGGCACGGCGGUCGAGUGGUUAGCGCGCAGACCUCACAGCUAGGAGACCAGGGUUCAAUUCCACCUUCUGUGUGGAGUUUGCAUGUUCUCCCCGUGCAUGUGUGGGUUUUCUCCGGGUACUCCGGUUUCUUCCCACAUUCCAAAAAACAUGCUAGGUUAAUUAGCGACUCCAAAUUGUCCAUAGGUAUGAAUGUGAGUGUGAAUAGUUGUUUGUCUAUAUGUGCCCUGUGAUUGGCUGGCCACCAGUCCAGGGUGUACCCCGCCUCUCGCCUAAAGACAGCUGGGAUAGGCUCCAGCAGCCCCCGCGAUCCUCGUGAGGAUAAAGCAGUAGAAAAUGAAUGAAUGAAUGAAUGAAUUUAAUUGUGACAUCCUGGUCAUUAUUAAUGAAUAUUAGGACGAUAUCGGCAAAACUAAAUUAACUAAUGUUUGAUUAGAUUAUGACUUCCUAUACAACUUUGUCUUAAAUGGAUUCCCAUAGUGCAAUUUUUUUUUUUGUUUUUCUUGUCAUUGUGACCCUAGUAUUCCUAAUUGACAGGAAAAGCCUGUCACUUUAAGGACUAAUCCCGCCUUGUAGCUCUUAUUCUCCAUCUCAUUGGUCACCUCUCUGGUGUAGCUCUGUUGACCUCAUCGCUGUUCUCACCCUUCACCGGCUCCUCGUCCUCCCAUCUUAGGAGGACCAAACUGUUUUUCCUCUUACACUUGAAAAAGACAAAAAAAAAAAGAAGUUAUUUUUCAACUAUGCAGGAUUUUUAUUUUUUUUUUUAUCAAAGAGCAUCAAUUUCGGUGGAUUUUAUGUUCUAUUUUUUAGGUGAUUAUUUUUUUUUAAUUAUUAUUUAAAAGAAACUCAAAUGCCUUUUUUUGCAAUGUAGUAUACUGGUUUAAUACAUAUACAUACAUAUGUGUUUGUACGUAUGUGUAGUAUAUAUACAAGUGCAUACAUAAAUACACACACACACACACACAGUGGUGUGAACAUGUUUGCCCCCUUCCUGAUUUAUUGUUUUUUGCAUGUUUGUCACAAUUUCAGGUAAUUAAAUAAAUUUAAAUAUUAGUCAAUAACACAACUGAACAUAAAAUUCAGAUUUUAAUUUAUUUAAAAAAAUAAAAUAAAAAAGUGAUUGCCAUCUAAACCUAGUAACCGGUGGGGACACCCUUAGCAGCAAAAACCGUGGAGGAAUUUUGCCCCCCUCCCAGCAGGACUUUGACUAGGCCACUCCAAAGUCUUCAUUUUGAGGUGGACUUGCUGGUGUGUUUUGGAUCAUUGUCCCAGAACUGCAGAACCCAAGUUGGUUUCAGUUUCAGGUCACCAAACACAUGGCCGGACGUUCUCCAUCAGGAUUCAUGGUUCUAUUUAUCACAGCAAGUCUUCCAGGUCCUGAAGUAACAAAACACGCCCCAGACCACCACACUACCACCACCAUAUUGUGCUGUUUGGAUCAUCAAGAUGUUUAGUUGCUUUUGUUCAGCAGUGGUUUUUGUCUUGGGACUCUGGACCCUGCCUAGUGCCUUUCUGAUAGUGGAGCCAUGAACACUGACCUUGACUGAAACCUGCAGUUCGUUUCAUAUUGUUGUGGGGUCUUUUGUGACCUCUUGGAUGAGUCGCGCCUGCACUCUUGGGGUCGUUUUGGUUAGCCGGACACUCCUGGGAAGAUUCACAACUGUUCAAUGUUUUCGCCAUUUGUGGAUAAUAGCUCUCAUUGUCGUUUGCUGGAGUCCCAAAGCUUUAGAACCUUUUCUUUUCUCUACUGGUAGAACUCAAUCAAUUUCAGUUAGGUUAUGUUUUAACAAGGUUAGCAGUCACUUUUUCACACUUUUUUUUUUUGCCAUUUGUGGAUAAUAGCUCUCACCGUGGUUUGCUGGAGUCCCAAAGCUUUAGAACCUUUUCUAUACUGGUAGAACUCAAUCAAUUUCAGUUAAGUGAUGUUUUAACAAGGUUGGCAGUCACUUUUUCCACACUUUUUUUUUUUUUGCCAUUUGUGGAUAAUAGCUCUCACCGUGGUUUGCUGGAGUCCCAAAGCUUUAGAACCUUUUCUAUACUGGUAGAACUCAAUCAAUUUCAGUUAAGUGAUGUUUUAACAAGGUUGGCAGUCACUUUUUCACACUUUUUUUUUGUUUUUCUUCUUAAAUCAUGAAAGGUUUCAUUUAAAAACUGAAUUUAUUGAACAUUUAAGUCUGAUAAAAAAGGUAAAUCAGAAAUGGGGCAAACAAUUUCACACCACUUUAUGUAUAUAUACAGUAUAUGUAUGUAUGUGUGUGUGUAAAUAGAUGUGUUUUAUAAGAAAAAAACACAGAUGGUUUGUGCCAUUCUGUGCCUAAAAAGCUGGAGGCCACUUUUUUUCUCAUUUGGGAGGGAAAAAAAUAAAAAAUAAAAAUAACUCACCGGGGUUUUGCUUAUUUGCCAGGCCAGCUAAUGUGUUCAUACACUGGUACACUUUGUAAGUACAGCUCCUAUAUGGAUGUAUAAACUCAAGCAACAUUUUUAACACGUUUUAUUUAUUUUUAUUCACCCACCCCUGUUUUUUUUUUUUUUUUUUUACCUAGCAUUUAAUGAAAGAUGUAAAUGUAUGGGGGUAAUUCUUAAUGAGAUUUCAUUGUAAGUAGCAAUUAAUAUUGAAUGAAUCCAGGGUAAUUUCUUGUUUUUUUUGUUUUUUUUUUUCCAGUAGGAAGAUGUUAACAGUUGCAUGUUUCUAUUUAAAAUGUAUAAAGUGUACAUAUAACAUUUCUUUUAAAAGGGUGAAUUUCUACUACCGGCUGACAAUUUUUAUUGAAAUUGAAUAUCUGCUGUAUAUAUAUAUUUGUGAGAUACUUUUAUGCACAUUUUUUUUUCUCGUUCUCUCUUUUCUCGGAACUGUUACAGAUGAUUAAUUGUCUUUAAUUGUCUUUUCUUGUUGUGAUGUACACUUUUGUCUUCUGCUUCAGCACCGCCAUCAUUAUUGUCGUCUAUGUAUUUGUAAGGGGAAGUGUUUUUUCCUUUUUCCACCCCGUGUACAUUGUCGAUUGUAUGGGUGAUAAUUACUAUGGACAUUGUGUACCAGAGUACUUAAUACCCUAUUUUAUUGAAUCGGUCACAUCUGUUUCUUAAAUUGACCCCCUCCAAAAAAAAAGGUAUUUCCCUACACGGCUGUGGCAAUUUUUACAGUAUCUUAUAGCCUACAUGAUAAGUACUAUUAGUUUUAAGAUGAAAUAGACGCUCUAUAUAAAUGAUGGAUGCAAUAUGACGAAUUCAAAAGGUACACGUUUGAUCUUCAAACUUUUAGGUCAUGUAAUUUAAAAAAAAGCAUUCUUGUGAAGUGAGUAUUAAUUGUGACUAAUGAGAGUCUGUCCUGAAUAUUCUUUGUAUUUUUUGUCGUAAUGAGAAUAAAAUAUAUAUGAUUUAUGUUUA